UUCUCUUUUAAAAAUUCAAAAUUAAUUAGCAUCAAUAUUAAUAAUAUUGUAAAGAAUAGAAAUUAAUUAAGAAUGCAUAGAUCUGCAAGCUGGAAUAGGUUCUCUGAUGAUUACUUCAAACAUGCAACAAGUAGUAGUUCUUCAUCACCAGGGCAUAGAUCAUCAUCAUCUUAUUCAAUGUUUGAGGGAAAUAGUAAUAAUUUGCCAACAUAUGAUCCCAUUGUAGAGUUGGCUAAGAGGGAGAAGGCACGUGUUAAAUUCUCUGAGAAUGUUGUGCAUCUCAUCCCUUUUGUCUUGCUUUUUUGUGCCAUCAUUCUUUGGAUCUUUUCAAAUCCAGAUAUGGGAAUUCUAGGAGAUCCUUUGGGAGCAAGAAUUGAAGGAUUAAGUUUUGAUGGAGAAAUUGAAAGCGAUAGCGAUGGUACACAAGCAGGGUUCUUACCUAUUAUGACCUCUCAAGAAAUAUCCACAAAAGAACUUGGAGCUGAAAAUAUUCCAUAAAUCUAAACAACUUUUAGGGAAUCAUUUAUAUUUUUUUUUCAUGAAAAAUUAUAUUUAUUUCUUCUUGUGUCUCUUUCAAUGACAUUCACACUCUAUUUUGUUUUCCAAAAUAUUUAUACUCUCUAAUAGUCAC